AGAGAAGCUCACCCAGGACACUUUUUUCAAAAAGGAGCUAGUUCAAAUUAAGGGCUAAUGGAGGACGGAAUAAUAAGACACUGGAUUGACACUCCUGUUCGGUACCAGCACAAGCUAGCCGGACAAGAUCUCACAGAAUGCAAACUGGAUCAUUUGAUAUUUGCCCUCCCUGGUCCAACAGAAAUAACUGAGGAAAGGGACAAGCUUUCAGUCAAAGAAUCAGAAAAAUCAGUGGAAGACACUGAGGUUGAAAAGUUGUUUCAAAUCAUGUUGGAUGUAGUACAGUUCCGCCCUGAAGAUAUCAUCAUUCAAGUGUUUGAAGGAUGGCUUAUCAUCAGGGCCCAGCAUGGCCGAAGAAUGGAUGAGCAUGGUUUUAUUUCAAGAAGUUUUACAAGACAGUACAAACUUCCAGACGGUCUGCUAUCAAGAGAUCUUUCUGCAUUGUUGUGUCAUGAUGGCAUUCUGGUGGUGAAGGCAAAGACAUAGCUGCAACACUUACUAUGAAUGAAUAUUGUUUGAAGUAGCUUAUGCUGAAUUAUUACAUUUUUUACAACAAGUAGGAAAUGUACUAAGUAUAAUAAUGCAUCAAACAAGUAUUAUUAAAGAUUAUGGAUCUGUUGCAAUUUAAAGGAGACAGCUUCACGGAAAUGAAAACUUUGAAAGUGAUUCCUUAGUUUACCCAUAGCGUGUGGUGUUUGUUUACUGUAGGCAUUAUCCCAGAAGAUUAUAG